UUAUCGAUAAACAAAACAUUUCAAUGCGCUCUAAUCAGACAUUAUCGCAUCUUUUUUGGCAACUUUAAUAUUAUUGAUGACGAUUUAAUAGGCGUUUCCCAUGUCCGCUGCGCAGACACAAACGAAUGCCGUCCGUUCGUUGACAAGUUAUGUCAAUUGUGCUUAAAAUUGCGACCGUUUAAAUUCAUGGUAACUCGAAAUCAAAAUGUUUUUUUAUCGAUCUUAGACCAACGGCGUGGGUUUGUUAUCGUCGCCGAUGAUUUAUUUACGGCGAUAAGACCACAAUGCCACACUACUGACCUGAAAGCUACCGGCGGCUAGUCACGUUCAGUUUUCAAUCAACGGUUACCUACCAUGGUUGUAAGUUCCGUAUUAUCGAUUCUGUUUGUUCUACUAGGAACUAUAUUCCUAAUAGCCGCACACAAUCCCAGCGAAUACUACACUUCCGUGAAGAAUAUGGAAUAUCUGUUGGACAGUGAACGAACCAUUCUGAAACGGUUGGAUAAGUACAUUCGGUUAUCGGAGGAGAAGAUUAAGUUUCUGAAAAGAGAACAAGCAAAAUUGGAGAGCGAACUGGAAGGUGCCUCGAAGGAUAAGAUAGCAUUUCUAUCGAAUCCUAUCAAUGCAUUUUUGAUGACGAAACGGUUGGUGAAAGGGUACAGCAAGAUCGAUGAGCUGAUGCAGAUGAAUGUGGGCGUGUCGUUAAUCGAUAACUCGACGAUGCUACCGGCGUUCGACGACUACAUCGGGGUUGCAGAUGGAUUGGCAAAUCUUCAGCACGUCUAUCAGCUGGAUACUGCUGAUUUGGCCGCUGGAAAACUUCGUGGUAGUGAAACUGGCAGGGUGCUGGCCGCCGAUGAAUGUUUCAGUAUCGGUUCGGUGAUGGGAUUGGCGAAACAAUUUAAGUAUUCGGUUUCGUGGUUGAAAGAAGCUCUUCGACGGUUUGAGCUGGAAACCUCUCCAGGCAUAAGCAAGUCUGAGAUCUUGGACUAUUUAUCGUACUCGCUUGCAGAGGUGGGCGAAUAUGAGGAAGCAAUGGAGCGAACUAAUCAAUUGCUUAAACUCGUUCCGGAUCAUGUCAAUGGUCUGCAGAAACAGAAGGUCAUUGCCGAAUGGUUAGAGCACGUCGAAAAGUACGGACCGAAACCAAACACCGAAGUCGACAGAGGAUUGUACGAAGUUCUUUGCCGAGGAGAACAUCCGAGACCGAUCGAGGAAUUGUCGAAACUGCGUUGUCGCUAUGAAACCAGCAAAAGUCCCUUUCUCCGAAUUGCCCCGUUCAAAUUGGAAGAAGCAAGUUUGGACCCUGUGGUCGAAAUUUUCCACGAAGUGUUGUCUGAUAAGGAGAUCGAAAAGCUGCUUGAAUUAGGUAGACCGACGAUUAGACGAUCAAUGGUGGGUGAAAAUAGUAACAAAGAAGUUUCAAAAUCAAGGACUAGUCAAAACGGGUGGCUGAAUGACGAUGUGCAACCUCUUGUUCGGACGGUAACGCUUCGAACGAUAGAUAUGAGCGGUUUAGAUGAAAAGGGCUACGAGUCGCUGCAGAUUAACAAUUACGGCAUCGGUGGGCAUUAUCUGCCACAUUAUGACUGGACACGGCCAGUUGGGGACGCACCGGUGUAUGUGGAGUUAGGCCUGGGAAAUCGAAUUGCCACAGUGAUGUAUUACUUAAGUGAUGUCGAACAAGGCGGUGCUACCGUAUUUCCCCAGCUUGGCUUCGGUGUGUUCCCCAAGCGAGGAAGGGCCAUUUUCUGGUACAACCUGCACCGCAAUGGAACGGGAGACGAGCGUACGCUGCACGCUGCUUGUCCGGUGCUGAUCGGUUCCAAAUGGGUUGCUAACAAAUGGAUUCACGAAUAUCAUCAGGAGUUCAGGAGACCAUGUGAUCUGAAUCAGGAGAAGUGAGACUAAUAAAUGUGAUACGCAAAAUAUUUUUUUUGUUGGAAUUGUCAAUGGAAAAUAUUAAUAUUUCAUAAAUUCGAAUGAUGAGAUUCUGCCACGACCGAUGUUUGUUCUUGCAGUUUCAACCUUGAAAACUAAAAAAAUCUGUUCUGUAGUCGGAUGCUAGCCAAACAGUUUCUAGCUUAGAUAGCAGUUAUACGGUUUACUUGAAAGUUCCUGUAUAAAUCUCAUAAAAAUUUGUGGCAUCAUACUAGUCAACAUACAAUU